AUGUCAAAUGGCUAUCCCCACUCUCCCGUCGCCGUUGAUGCCCCUGCAGAAAGCGACGUGGUUCCCAAAAGCGAAGCCACCCCGUCGGAACCCAUCGACUCUCACGCCGUCUCCGAGUCCUCCCCCGAACCCGAUCUUGCAGACGAGUCAUUUGAUGGCGCAUCUCCAACGUCAGAUGGAGAAGACGAUGAUGUGGUGAUAGAACCUAGUGGUGACGAGUCUAACCCGUCUAGUCGCGAAAAUUCUGCAUUUCCCGACUCUCGCCUCGACGCGAAGCGCAGAUCGUCGCCGCUGGACGAGACCGAGUUGAUGAGACAAAAUCCCGAUCUAUAUGGACUACGUCGCAGCGGUCGGGCGCGCACCACACGUCAUCUGGCCGAUUCGUCGUCAGAUUCUGAAUCCGAUGUCGUUGCUCCUCGAGCAAAACGCCGGCGCAAGGAACCCUCUCAACUCUCCAAGGCCUCGCGCUCGGUCACAGCAUCCUCACUGUCGGAGACAGAUAGCGAUGAAUACGGCGGCAAGAGUGCUCGUGCAAGCAAGGCAAGACGGCGGCGCCUGAAAGAGGCCGCUAGCGUCGAACCUUCGUUCGCCGAGGUGCGGUUUUCGACAAGAAAUGCAUCCCGAAUUAAUAACUAUAACGAGGAUGAGGAUGACUCAAUCUUCGAUGAGGACGCCGGGGAUACCGCUCAAAACUACUGGCUCGACGCUACUGAAGACACUCGCCCUGCCGUUGAUGUCGUCCUCAACCACCGUCUCAAAGAGGGUGUCGACCCCAACAAUCCUGACGUCGACCGCCGAGACUUCGAGUUCUACAUCAAGUGGCAAGGCAUGUCACAUUAUCAUGCCACAUGGGAAUCAAAUGAGUCUCUCGCGAACUUCCGCAGCACUCGUCGCGUUGACAAUUACGCACGGAAGGUUCUCAUGGAGGAUCUCCGUCUGCAACACGACCCCAGUGUCCCUCCUGAGGAUCGUGAAAAGUGGAAUCUCGAUCGCGAGCGAGAUGUCGAGGCAAUUGAAGAUUACAAGAAGGUCGAGCGUGUUAUUGGCGUCCGUGACGGUAUCGAUGGCACGACUGAGUACCUUGUGAAAUGGAAACGCCUCUUUUACGAUUCAUGUACCUGGGAAACCGAAGACAUGAUUAGUGAGAUUGCACAACAUGAAAUUGAUCGCUUCAUCGACCGCUCUGCUCGCCACCCUGUCUCCGACAAAAUGGAGACUAACCCGGCUACUCGGAGGCCAUUUGAGCCUAUCCACGGCACCCCGAGCUUCCUGCAGAACGGAGAACUCAAAGACUUUCAGGUCAAAGGCUUGAACUUCUUGGCUUUCAAUUGGGUUAGGGGCCGUAAUGUGGUCCUGGCAGACGAAAUGGGACUCGGAAAAACAGUGCAAACUGUCUCAUUCAUCAAUUGGAUGCGCCAUGUGAGACGGCAACAAGGCCCGUUCAUCGUCAUCGUCCCUUUGUCGACCAUGCCGGCUUGGGCCGAGACCUUCGACAAUUGGACGCCAGAUUUGAAUUACGUUGUCUAUAACGGCAGCGAAAAAGCCCGAGCAAAUCUUCGCGAUUACGAAUUGAUGGUUGAUGGCAACCCCAAGCGGCCCAAGUUCCAUGUUCUGUUAACCACUUACGAGUACGCUAUGAAUGACUCGCCUUUCCUUGGCCAGUUCAAGUGGCAGUUCAUGGCUGUCGACGAAGCCCAUCGUCUCAAGAACCGCGACUCUCAACUCUAUGUAAGGUUGGUUGACUGGAGCUGCCAGGCUCGUCUGCUGAUCACCGGAACUCCAAUUCAAAACAACCUUGCAGAACUGUCAUCUUUGAUGGACUUUUUGAACCCUGGACUGAUUCAGGUCGAUGUGGAUAUGGACCUUAAUUCGGAGGCGGCCUCACAGAAGCUUGCUGAGCUCACCGACGCUAUCCAGCCUUUUAUGCUGCGUCAGAAGAUCAUCCGAGUCGAGCUCUCUGAUGUUCAAUUGGAGUACUACAAGAACAUUCUGACGAAGAACUACGCGGCGCUGAAUGACGGAGCGAAAGGAAUGAAACAAUCGCUUUUGAAUAUCAUGAUGGAACUGAAGAAGGCCAGCAAUCAUCCUUUCAUGUUCCCCAACGCCGAGGCAAAGAUCCUGGAAGGGAGUACCCGCCGAGAAGAUAUUCUACGGGCAAUGAUCACUAGCAGUGGAAAGAUGAUGCUCCUCGAUCAGCUCCUUCGAAAGCUGAGAGGCGAUGGUCAUCGAGUUCUUAUCUUCUGCCAGAUGGUUGGCAUGCUCAACAUCCUUAGCGAGUACAUGGAGUACCGUGGCUACAAAUACCAACGGCUGGAUGGAACCAUCCCUUCCGCGGCGCGGCGCUUGGCAAUUGAACAUUACAAUGCCCCGGAGAGCACGGACUUUGCAUUCCUCCUCUCGACUCGAGCAGGUGGUCUUGGAAUCAACUUGAUGACUGCCGACACGGUUGUUCUCUUUGACUCAGACUGGAAUCCUCAGGCUGAUCUACAGGCAAUGGCUCGAGCCCACCGUAUUGGCCAGACUAAGCCCGUCAGCGUGUACCGUCUUGUCUCAAAGGAUACAAUCGAAGAAGAAGUCAUUGAAAGAGCUCGCAAUAAGCUUCUUUUGGAAUUCAUUACCAUCCAGCGUGGCGUCACUGAUAAAGAAGCUUCCGAGAUGCAGAAUAAGAUGGCGCGGGUCGUGAACGAACCCAACUCCACCGACGACAUCUCACGAAUCCUCAAGCGUCGUGGUCAGAAGAUGUUUGAGCAGACUGAUAACCAGAAGAAGCUUGAACAGCUUGAUAUUGACUCCGUUCUCGCGAACGCAGAAUUGCAUCAAACCGAGGAGACGGAGCAGAUACAGGCCGACGGUGGCGAGGAAUUCCUGAAAGCCUUCGACUUUGUUGAUAUCAAGGUCGAUGACCUCAGCUGGGACGACAUCAUCCCCAAGGAACAACUUGAAGAGCUCAAAGCGGAGGAGAAGCGCAAGGCCGAUGAGGUAUACCUCAACGAAGUUAUUGAACAAAAUCGGCCUCGCAAACGCCAAGCACCCACCGACUCUCGAGACUCGCGUGAAGAACGUAAGGCUAAGCGCCAAGCGCGAGUGCAGGUCAUUGACGAUGGAGAGGAAUCAGAGGGUACCUCGUUGGAUCCCAAGCGUCCACUUAGCGAGAAAGAAUAUCGCUCCCUCUCGCGCGCAUUUCUUCGUUACGGUGAUAUGGCUGACUGCGAGGAUCUCAUUUUGGAGGAUGCCCACCUGAAAAGUCGUGAUCGGGAAACCGUGCGCGCUGCUCUUCGUGAAAUCACGGACAAGGCCGCUUCUCUUGUCGGAGAGAACCAGGCUCAAAUAGACGCUCUCAAGCAACAGGGCAAGAACCUCACCAAAAAGGAAAUGAAAGCGGUUUUGUUCGAUCACCAUGGAGUCAAACGGCUCAAUGCCUGGACUAUCGUCGAGCGCCCGCCCGACAUGCGCCUGCUCCGGAACAUCACCACCUCUGGAACGGAUUUCAAGAGUUUCCGUCUUCCCGAGGCCACUAAGUUGGCUGACUACAGUUGUUCGUGGGGUGCACGUGAGGAUGGCAUGCUUUUGGUUGGCAUUGCCCGCCAUGGAUUCGGUGCAUGGACACAGAUCCGCGACGAUACGGACCUCGGGCUUGGAGAUAAGUUCUUCCUUGAAGAGCAUCGUGUGGAGAGGAAGACGCAGCGCAUGCAUGGCGAGGAGAAAACCACCAAGUCUCCUGGUGCUGUCCACCUUGUUCGCCGCGCCGAAUACCUGAUGUCGGUCUUGAGGAACAAGUACAGCAAUGGCAGCAACGCGAGCGCCAGGCGUGCCGUGGACAACCACCACCGGAACAACAAACGCAACUCGCGUGUCUCUGCCAGUGGCAGCAUCUCAGCCUCCCCUGCUCCCUCCAGCUCCCGUAAAGGGCACCGCGAAGUAGAUCGCUCCCGAGCACGUUCUCAUACUCAUGGCAACCGGGAUGGUGACCGUCACCACACCCCAAGCCAUGAAGCCCGUCCGCGGUCGGGCCAUGAUGCUGACCGGCCUCGUCAUCGCCUGUCAGAUGCUACAAACGAAGAGCUUCGCCGCCGGAAGAGCCAUGAGAAUGGUCAUUCCAGUAAGGAAGACAUGGCGUCCAUGUUCUUCAAGCCCAUCGUUCAGAAUCUGAAGCAAGUGACAAUGAUCACGGCCAAGAACUAUCCGAACAAAGCCGAGCGCGCUCAGAAGUUGCGGAGCACCAUUGUCAAAAUUGGCGAGUUCAUACACAACACCUUGGAGGGAUCGCGGCCGAUGCCCUCCCUCGAAACGCGUCUCUGGGAGUAUGUGUCUCUUAACUACUGGCCCAACAAAGAGGCCAGUGGCUCCAAGCUCCAGCAGAUGUACGAGAAGGUCAUGGAGGCGAGCAAAGCCUCGAAGACCUCAUCCAAUGGUGCAUGA